AUGAAACUCUUCAUUCUUUUUAUGCUUUGGCAUAUUUACAUAAAAUCAUCGACUCAAGCAUCUGGAAUUGUCAUUGAUGAUACUUAUGAACCUGAUGUGCCUCAAAUAGAACUCUUUAAACUUCACCCCCAGCCAAUGGACUUAUUUUUAGAUCCAAGAUCAAAGCGAUCAGCUCCUUACAAAAUUAUAGAGUCUCCUGGUUUACAUUCACAUUUUAUUGUGGUUCAAGAUGAAGAAAUUCUGAGGUCAAAUCCUAAUCGAAGACGAAAUCGUAGAUCACUUAGCAGAAGUGAACUUCAUAGCGAUGAAAUUGAAGAUAUUGAAAUGCCUACCAGACGAACAACUGUUAAUAAUGAUGAUGUUUCACUUGAAGACAUUCCACAAGCUGAGAAGCAAACAUUAAAUCCCGCUUAUUAUAGAUCUGAUGACAGUCGUUUGAUGGACAAAUGGGUAAAAGCACCCUACGGUGAUUUUCAAUCUCGUUCUCAUAAAGAAGAAGAUGAUACACAAGCGGAAGCAUCAAGCAACAUUGGAACGAAAGCAAGAACACCACGAGUGAACUUCAUUACGCAACAAGGUCAUAAUUCAGGAAAUAAAGACGAUCCAGAUGGCCCGGAAGCAAGAGAAAGAGAAAGGGAGAAGGAACGAGAAAGAGAACGUGAACGAGAGAGAGAUCGAGAUUACAAUCGUGACAAUAACCGAGAUCAACAAAAUCUAAACAAAUCACCAUCUGAUGACGGUUAUCGUAAGCCUCCAAUUGAACCGUAUUAUCCACAAAAUUAUUAUAACAAGAAAUACGAUCCUUACACUCCCAACUACAUUCCACCGUAUGACCAUUACGGUCGUCAUUCAUAUUAUUAUGGAAGAGAUCCAUACAGAGACAUGUCAGCAGCUCCCGCUUAUUAUCCAUACAGAGAUCGAGAUCUUGCUUAUGUUGAUCGCCCACCUGCAGGAAUGAGUCGAAUGACACCGCCAAUUGGAGGUUCUUCAAGCUUCUAUUAUCGUCAUCAAUAUAAUGAUUAUGAUGAUUAUUUACCUCGCACUGUUCCGAAUUAUUAUUAUUCUGAUAAACGCUUUGAUAUACCAACGCCUGUCUUGCCAAUGGAACCGAGAAGUCCAUAUGAACGUGAACUCUAUCAACCGUAUUUGUACACUAACGAGGUGAAUAAUCGUCCCGGAAGAAUCAUUUAUUAUGCAAAUCUUCCUGAAAUUGUCAGAACUCCCAGCAAUUAUCGUUCAGCAACAGCACGUUACGGUGAUCCAGGAUAUAAUAAUUAUUACUAUGAUAAUAAUUAUGAUGAUUACAAAACAGCAAGAACCCCGAAAGCGGCGACUAUACGAAGCAUUCCUCUAUCACCUGCCACAACAACUAUGCGAGUUUCUAGCGCUCCUGUACGGUCGGAAACAGGAAGAGAACGUCCGUUUUUCGGUUAA